AUGACGAUAUCUCCCAAUCGGGCCCACAAAAGUAAGAACUUAGAAUCUUAUACAUCCGAUGAAGAGGAAGACGAUAUGCCUUUAUCUCAAGCAUCAAUAAAGAAAAGAAGAAGAGUUAAAAUCAAUGAUAUACUAGAUGAUGACGAGGGCGAUGGUGAUGAGGAUGAAGAUGAAGAUGCAACUUUAUCUUCAAUCGCUGUAAAGAAUAAGAAACAAAAGAUAUCCAAGAUAAAAGUAGAAGAGUUUGAUGGAUCAUCAUCAAGUCAAGAAAAGAAAGUGAAAAAAUCAAAGAAGAAAUCGAAAAAAGUUAGUAAAAAGAUGAUAUCGGACCCCAAGAACGAAACAAAACAAGAAAGUGACGAUGAUGAUAAACCAUUGAAAAAAGAAGUAAGUACGGAACUGGAGAACGAUGAAGAAGAAGAAUACAAAUGGUGGGAAAAGCAAAAUGAGGAUGAUUCCAUUAAAUGGACUACAUUAAAACAUAACGGGGUAUUACUCCCACCACCAUAUGAACCAUUACCGUCUCAUGUCAAAUUAUAUUACGAAGGGAAACCUGUGGAUUUACCAUUAGAAGCAGAAGAAGUGGCUGGAUUCUUUGGUGCCAUGUUGGAAACUGAUCAUGCUAAAAACCCUACGUUCCAAAAAAAUUUCUUUACUGAUUUCUUACAUGUCCUAGAGCAAAAUGGUGGUACUAAAAAUGGGAUUGAAAUUAAAGAAUUCACCAAAUGUGAUUUCAAAAAAAUUUUCGAUUAUUAUGAUUUACAAAGAGAAGCUACUAGACAAAAAAGUAGUUUAGAAAAGAAACAAAUCCGUUUAGAAAGAGAAAAAGCAGAAGAAAAAUAUAAGUUUUGUGAAUUAGACGGAAGGAAAGAACAAGUAGGUAAUUUCAAAGUGGAACCACCAGGGUUAUUUAGAGGGCGUGGUGCUCAUCCGAAAACGGGUAAAUUGAAAAGAAGAGUUCAACCUGAAGAUAUCGUUUUGAAUUUAAGUGAAGAUGCACCAAUUCCUGAAGCUCCCGCUGGACAUCAGUGGGGAGAGGUUAGACAUGAUAAUACUGUCCAAUGGUUGGCCAUGUGGAAAGAAAAUAUCUUUAAUUCGUUGAAAUAUGUUAGAUUAGCCGCUAACUCAUCUUUAAAGGGACAAAAUGAUCUUAAAAAAUUCGAAAAGGCAAGACAAUUAAAAGAUCACAUCGAUACAAUCAGAAAAGAUUAUAGAAAACGUUUAAAGAAUAAAUUCAUGCUAGAGCGUCAAAAAGCUACAGCCAUAUAUUUGAUUGACGUAUUUGCAUUAAGAGCCGGUGGUGAGAAAUCUGAAGAAGAAGCAGAUACCGUUGGUUGUUGUUCCUUAAGGUAUGAGCAUGUUACUUUAAAACCACCUAAUACAGUAAUAUUUGAUUUCUUAGGUAAAGAUUCCAUCAGAUAUUAUCAACAAGUGGAAGUAGAUAAACAAGUCUUUAAAGAUUUAACCAUUUUCAAAAGACCACCUAAACAACCGGGACAUCAAUUAUUCGAUCGAUUAGAUCCAUCAAUUCUAAAUAAACAUUUACAAAGUUAUAUGCCUGGUUUAACGGCGAAAGUUUUCCGUACUUAUAACGCUUCCAAGACAAUGCAAGAUCAAUUAGAUUUAAUUCCUAAUGAAGGUACCGUCGCUGAGAAAUUAUUAAGAUAUAACGCAGCUAAUAGAACUGUGGCCAUUUUAUGUAACCAUCAACGUACAGUAACUAAAGGCCAUGCACAAUCUGUUGAAAAGGCAAAUAUGAAAAUCAAAGAAUUAGAAUGGCAAAAGAUUAGGUUGAAAAGAGGUCUUCUUCAAUUAGAUUCAUCCGAAUUGAAAAAAAAUAAAGCAUAUUUCAAAGAAUUGGACGAUUUAUCCAAAGAAGAUGAAGCAUCCAUACAUGCGCAUAUUAUCGAAAGAGAAAGGGACAGGUUACAUAAAAAGUUUGCAAGAGAGAAUGAUAAGAAAAAAUUCAUGAAAGAGAAGGAAUUACCUGAAUCUGAACUGAAAGAAUGGUUAGAUAAAGUAGAAGAAAAAAAGAAGCAAUACGCAAAAGAGCUAAAGACAAACGUCGUAGAAUUAAGAUCGUCGUUAAACACAGUUGAAAAGAUCAAGGCUCAAAUUGAAAAGUUAGAACAAAGGAUUCUAACAGCUACCAUUCAAUUGAAAGACAAAGAAGAAAACUCGGAGGUCUCUCUAGGUACUUCGAAGCUUAAUUAUAUUGAUCCAAGAUUAAACGUUGCAUUUUGCAAAAAAUAUAAUGUACCAAUAGAGAAGAUAUUUACCAAGACUUUAAGAGAUAAGUUCAAAUGGGCCAUCGAAUCCGCUGAUGAAAAUUGGAGGUUUUAA